UGCUGCGGGGAGCCCGCGCCGGCGCCCCUCGCUCGUGACCGCGGCGUCGCCCCCGAGCGGCCGAGGCGGCGGCCCCGCUGUCCCGCCCCGCGCACGCGCCGGGCCCGGAGCUGACAGCGCGAGCGCGCCCGCGAGCAGCACGAAUGUACGACAACAUGUCCACAAUGGUGUACGUGAAGGAAGACAGACUGGAGAAGCUCACGCAGGAUGAGAUUAUCUCCAAGACCAAGCAGGUGAUUCAGGGCCUGGAGGCUCUGAAGAACGAGCACAACUCCAUCCUGCAGAGUUUACUUGAGACACUGAAGUGUCUGAAGAAAGAUGAUGAGAGUAACCUGGUGGAGGAGAAGUCCAACAUGAUCCGGAAGUCGCUGGAGAUGCUGGAGCUGGGCCUGAGCGAGGCGCAGGUCAUGAUGGCCCUGUCCAACCACCUGAACGCCGUGGAGUCGGAGAAGCAGAAGCUGCGCGCGCAGGUGCGCCGCCUGUGCCAGGAGAACCAGUGGCUGCGGGACGAGCUGGCCAACACGCAGCAGAAGCUGCAGAAGAGCGAGCAGUCGGUGGCCCAGCUGGAGGAGGAGAAGAAGCACCUGGAGUUCAUGAACCAGCUGAAGAAGUACGACGACGACGUCUCUCCGUCCGAGGACAGAGACUCCGACUCCGCCAGAGAACCACUGGACGACCUUUUCCCGAACGAUGACGACGACCCCGGUCAAGGAAUCCAGCAGCAGCACAGCAGCGCCGCGGCGGCCGCGCAGCAGGGCGGCUAUGAGAUCCCAGCGCGCCUGCGCACCCUGCACAACCUGGUCAUCCAGUACGCCUCGCAGGGGCGCUACGAGGUGGCCGUGCCCCUGUGCAAGCAGGCCCUGGAGGACCUGGAGAAGACCUCCGGCCACGACCACCCGGACGUGGCCACCAUGCUCAACAUCCUGGCCUUGGUGUACAGAGACCAGAAUAAGUACAAGGACGCCGCCAACCUGCUGAACGACGCCUUGGCCAUCCGCGAGAAAACUCUGGGCAAAGAUCACCCCGCGGUGGCAGCGACUCUGAACAACCUCGCCGUGCUUUACGGCAAGAGAGGGAAGUACAAGGAGGCGGAGCCGCUGUGUAAAAGAGCCCUGGAGAUCCGAGAAAAGGUUUUGGGGAAGGACCACCCGGACGUGGCCAAGCAGUUGAAUAACUUGGCCCUGCUGUGCCAGAACCAGGGCAAGUACGAGGAGGUGGAGUAUUACUACCAGCGGGCCCUCGAGAUCUACCAGACCAAGCUGGGGCCCGACGACCCCAACGUGGCCAAGACCAAGAACAACCUGGCCUCCUGCUACCUGAAGCAAGGGAAGUUCAAGCAAGCGGAGACCCUGUACAAAGAGAUCCUCACGCGUGCGCACGAGCGGGAGUUCGGUUCUGUGGACGACGAGAACAAGCCCAUCUGGAUGCACGCGGAGGAGAGAGAGGAGUGCAAAGGGAAGCAGAAGGACGGGCCCGCGUUUGGAGAGUACGGCGGCUGGUACAAGGCCUGCAAGGUGGACAGCCCGACCGUCACCACGACGUUAAAGAACCUCGGGGCGCUCUACAGGCGCCAGGGCAAGUUCGAAGCUGCAGAGACGCUGGAGGAAGCCGCCAUGCGGUCACGCAAGCAGGGUCUUGACAAUGUUCACAAACAGAGAGUGGCCGAGGUGCUGGGCGACCCCGAGGGCUCGGAGAAGCGCCGGAGCCGGGAGAGCCUGACCGUGGACACGGUCAAGUAUGAGAGCGGCCCUGACGGAGGGGAGGAAGUGAGUAUGGGCGUAGAGUGGAGCGGGGACGGCACUGGAUCGCUGAGGCGCAGCGGCUCCUUUAGCAAGCUGCGGGCCUCCAUUAGACGCAGCAGCGAGAAGCUGGUUAGGAAGCUGAAGGGAGGAGGUGCCCGAGAGAGUGAGCCGAGGAACCCUGGCAUGAAGCGAGCCCGCUCUCUGAAUGUCCUAAACGUGGGUGACAAGGCCGCUGAAGACCAUUUCCAAGAACGAAAUAAUUGUCUAGCAGAUGCGAGAGCUCUGAGUGCCAGCCACACUGACCUGGCGCACUGCGGGCCGGGGCCGAGCUAGAUAAGCCGAGCCCGCCCGCCAGGCCCCUGCCCACGCUGCCCGGCAGGGAGGCCACUCGCUUCCUUGUCGAAGUGGCGACCCACCACCCACGGAGGCUUGUCCGAACUGUCACGUGGCCUACAGUCCCGGUGACGGAGCGCUGCCGGAGCACGACCGUGAGACCGGCCUGGCAGGUCCGGCCAGCAGCGGCGUCACCACGGACUCGCUGCUUCUCACGGACACCCACUUUCUGCACGGCCCCAGCUAGUUUAAAUUCAGACUUGUUGAUGCAGUACUUAGUGGACUGUAAACGGGGCGUCUGGAACCUUCGAGUCCAUCUUUGGAGAAUAAGCAUCUAAUGACCCCUAACGCCUGGAGCGUAGUGGGGGCCAGCAGGGAGGGUCCCUCAGGUGCCAGGUCCCAGCUCCCGGGCAGGGGCCGCGUUCCCAGCCCACCUUUCGGAGCCCUGGCCGCACCCCAGGCUCCCAUGUUACCUGUUCUUUUUGGUCCCGUAACAGGGUGGGUUUGGACAGAACAUUUUCAGAUCAACCCUCAGGCACUGCUCCUCACAGGGCUCUGAGGUCAGCCAGUAGGUGAAGGAAGUGCUAACCAGAUGACAGGUAGGGGUUCCAGGUGAGAACGUCGGGGUGCACGUCCACGCCGGGGCCAGCGCUCCCUUCAGCCAGGCCUGACCCACCGGGCAUCCGUCCGCUUGAGGACCAUGUAUGUUAGUGCCGGGCACAGGGGUUCCCCGCGGCCUUUUCCAUGUGGACAGCGCUGGGCUGGCUCUGGCGUCGUCAGCCGAGCGGGAUGUGGACUGGAGGCAGCGGCACGGGGGUCACAGGGGGGCUGACUGUCAAUUCCUUUCAGUCCCCGUGAUUACAGGCUGUUGGUGACAGUGCGCCUUGCUCCCUGCGGGCCGGCCUCCUAGUUCCAGGCACCUGCGCUACCCACGGCCGGCCCGGCCCGCCCCCGGCAGCCGCCGCCCUUGGCCACCUGCUUUUAGGCUCCAUUCGGGGUGCAGGUUCUGAUGGGCCGGGUCCCUUUCUGCACGCACACGCCGUGGGCCGAGAAACCUGGAGGAGCAGGGCUCUGGCCUGCGGCCGCGGCUCCAUGCGAGGCGUAGCAGCAUCGCCAGGUGCCGUCCCCUUUCCUCCGCUCCGUGUGGCUGGCUUCUCCCACGAGCAGCACGGCCCCGGGACCCAGGGCCCCUGGUGACGGGUCCCUCGGAGCAGCUCCCAGGAGAACGGCCCGGGACUCCCGCGCUGGGGCCCAUCUGCAGGACCCUUCCUGAGCCUGGCCGCUCCCCGCCCGCCCCCCUUGGGUUGUGGUGCCUUCGCAGGUGGCGGAGGGUUAGGGUGAGAGGACGGACGGAGGCCCUCGUGCCGGCUCCACGCUCAGGGCCCAUGCACGUCGGUACCUCCUUCAGGCCUGCUGUCCGCGUCUUCCCCUUCUCGGAGCAAGCCGUGCGCCAGGCGGCCCUGUGUGAUCCCGGGGGGGGGGGGGGGGGGCAGCCCAUUCCCCACGGUUCCUGCCCGGGUCCUGCAGGCACACACGGAGGCCCCACCCCACAAGCACCUGAACCAGAGGCGGAGGGCGUGGGGAGCAGGCCCUCUGACCCUGCGGCCUUCACAAGGGGGAGGGGUGCAGGCAGUUCUGUCCUGGAGUUAAAACGCCCCUGGGAUGUCAUGUGUCUGGGACUCAGUGCGAACACUAAGGACCCGCACGUCAGGCAGGACUGGCCUCGCCGUGUAGCGUGUUCUUGGGCCGCACGGUGAGGGCUGCCUUGGGACACGCUCAUGCGCACUUGGCAGCGGGUCACGUGCAGACCACCCUGUCCCAAGGGAGCCCCACCCCAGGGAGAAUGUGGUCCCCAGCGCGGGGCUGACCUCGGGGUGGGGUGCAGGUCUGAGGAUGUGGGGGUGCCAGGGCCCAGGCGGCAGGCAGGCGCUCCUUAGGUCUGUGCUGGGUGGGCAGCCCUGGCCAGGGGGUGGGGGGGCAGGUCACCCCGGAGUCGAGCGCUGGGUCGUGGGACAUUCGUUCUGGGGCCGUAGCUGUUCCUGUUGUGACUUGACUAGAACACCGUUUGCAAUUGUUUGUAUUUCAUUAUAAAAAUAAAGCUCCGCUCCCGCUGUGCGGCCCUGCA